AUGGUCAAUCUUAAAUUGUUUAUCAAAUUGAAACCAAUCAAUAAGACUCAAAGAGUCCAAAAGAUGGAAGAUAUUCAGAAUCAUUGCGAAACAUUGAACAAUCUCUCUUUGAAUGCAUUCCAACAACUCGUUCAAAAGAAAUUGAAUCAUUCAAGCUUUGAAAAGAUGAAUAUCAAAGUAAGAGUUGGCGACAAAUUUAGAUCCAUUCACAAUGAAAAGAAAUGGAAGGAAUGGAUUCCAAAACUCGAAAUGCCCACCAAUUGCACAGAUUUGAUCGAAUUCAAAGUGGUGGUGGUUUUAGUUGACCACAUGGUUCCUUCGAUGGAGAAUGUCACAUCAUCUCAAAAGGUUGAACAAGUCAUUGAAACAAAAGAAGAGAAGAAUGACACUCCCUUGCCGUCAUCCACUGAAAAGGAAAUGACACCACUCGUUCCUACCUCUCUUGGAAACGAAUUAGCUGCAAAUCAAAAAUCUCAACAAGUUAAUGAUUUGAAAAGAUUGAAGGAUGAAAUUGCUGAUAUCAAAAAUGUGUUAAAAUUGAAAAAGCAAGAGUUUAAGAAUUUAAAGAUUGAAAUCAAGCAGAGAAAACAACUUUCUGUUGCUUCUGAUCUGGUUUGUGUCGUUCCAAAAGAAGCAACUCUCUUGCCAAACGAAACCAAAUGCACAUCAAAGACAGAAAUGAAACAUUGGAAAGAAGAACGCAAACAUGAAAAGCUCAUGACAAAGAUUGAGAGAGAAAAUUUCAAAAAGCUCAAAAAGGAGCUCCAAAAGGCAGAUGUGAAAGAGAGAUUCAAACCAAGUUCGAAUCAAACAAGACCAUGCAAAACAAUCCUCACUCAACAACAUCACUAA